UGAAAAGCCCAAGUCAUACCAGCAGGCGGAGAGAGGUGAAGUGAGAAAGUGGCGCCAUCGAUAGCUUCUUUUGCAAUCUCGAAAAAUGGCGGACGCGCUCUCCUUGCCGGAAGUCUCUCUCUUUCUCUCCCUUAUCAAGCUCAGAAGGUUCGAUGAUGCGACUCUCGGCGUUCUCCGGACCUUGCUGGUUUCCAAGGACGUGAAAUCGGCGGUUCAAGUGCGAUCGAGCCUAGAACAGUUCAUGAGAUUCCAGUCUCUUUGUAUUCUUCGUGAGAUUGUGGAUGAGAACGUUGUCCAUGUGCUUUCAGUUCUCGAGUUCCUGGUUCGAGCUUUUGCCGUUAUAGGCGAUUUUGAGAGUUGCUUGGCACUGAGGUACGAAGCGCUUGUUUUUCGGAAAAACAAAUCUGGAGUUCAUCAAUGGCUACAAGUUGGACAUAUUGAAUGGGAGAACUUUGCCAAGGAUGCGCUUGACAAUGGUUUUUAUCCUAUAGCCACAAAGGCAUGUGAAAAUGCUCUUCUAUGUCUUCGGAGGACUGAUACUUCUGGCCUGGAAAAUUUCACUGGAGAUAUCCAGAGAAUAGGAAGUCUCAAGGACAUUGCUAUUGCAUCCACUGGUUCAUGCAGUGUUGAGGCAAAGGCAGUGAAAUAUUUGAAGAGGAAAGAAAUGGAGAAAAGCCAACUGCAAGCUUCUACAUUCAGAGAAAUCCAACCUGUUGCAAGUGUUCUGUUUAGAGAAAGUAUAAAGAAGCGUAAUGCAAGGAAAUUUUCAGAAUGCCAGACUUCAAGGUCAACUGGGAGAAACUCACACACAUACUAAAAUUCCAGGUUCGGUUCAGUCUCCUUACCUUGCACAUACAUCUUUGAGUGUAUUGGUUCAUUUCCUAAAUCUGGAUGAUCUGAAAGCAGCUUAAGUUGUAACCUUGACCCUCGAUGUGAAGAGACGGUACAGUUUCAACACUUAAAAGAGCUUGCCAUAUGUUUAUCAUGCAUAUAUGAUAGGCUCCAAGUUGCUUGAUUUGUGACCACAUAGAUUUAUCAUGGGGAUUACUGCUACGUCCAUCGUGUUAUCAGGUCCAAAAAGCAUCUUUGUAUGGGUUGUCAGUCCUUUUGAAAUUAUAUAUUGCAUUUUGAACUUCUUUCAACUGUUAUGAACACUCAAUUACAAGAUGGAUGAACUUAUGGAUAUGGAGCCUGGCUAAGUAAUUCUGUUCAGAAUAGAUGAGGCUACAUUUCAAGUUCUUCCGUUGUACGUGCGAGUUGCAGGCUGAACUUCAUAAUUAUUAAGUUUCAAAUGGGUGUUGCCCAUGCGGUCACAUGUUACUAAGGUGGAUUGUUUCACAGCAGUUGAAUCAUCAGUGCCACGGCACAAUGUCAGGUCUUCACUAUUCGUGCAUUUUCUUUCUAGGUUGUCACCUUCAAAGAAGUCUGAGAACCUGAAUUGCUAGUAUCCGAGGGGCAAAAACAAGAUGAGCUGUAUGGAAACGAAUGAGCUUGGUCAAGCCAUGAUAUCAUGCUAUAGCUGCUUCAUCCUGAGUCUAAUGUUUUCAUCUUGUGAUGGGCGAUCAUCGGAACUUCAAAUUUGAAUUUUCGCCGAUCGAUUCGGGAUAUGAAAAGCCUUUGUCUGCUGAAAUGCUGUCGAAUUUACAGCACAUUCUGCUUAAGACCCGCUCAUUACAUAGACUGCCAUUGUCAAACUUCACUCCUCACUUGCACCGCUUUUCAGAUUUGAAGAGUUAGGGCAUCUUAAGAACCGAGGGCGUCAAUGUUCGCAUCGAAGUUUGUACGCUAUAUAAUGUCUCUACAACGGUGAAA